UCGCUCAUAGGACAUAGGCGUGUGAAGGGUCUUAAGUCAUAGUAAUUAUGUCAUCAGUUGAAUCUUUGAACCUUUUCAAUGUCAAUGGAAUGGUGUUUGUUGUUUCCGGCGGCGGAACUGGCAUUGGAGAAAUGAUGGCCAGAUCAUUAGAUGCUAAUGGUGCCGCGAAGGUUUUCAUAAUUGGUCGAAGAGCUGAAAAGCUCCAUGAGGUUGCAUCGCUGGCCAUCAACAAAAAUAUCAUACCCAUUCAGGGGGACAUAUCUUCCAAAGAAUCCCUAUCAAGCUGUGUCGCAAAAAUAAAAACUGAAACGGAAUUUGUGAAUUGUGUGAUAGCAAAUCACGGCGCACAAGGACCAACGCUGAAUGAGCUGCCCAAAGAUCGAACGCCAUCGCUUGAUGAAAUGUAUCGACACUUAUGGAAACCAUCUAUGGAGGACUUUAAUCAGGCAUUUGAAGUCAAUACAACUGGCGCUUUCUAUAUGAUGGUCGCAUUUCUGCCAUUGCUCGAUGCAGGAAAUAAGCAUAGGCUGUCACCGACUCUUGAAACAGGAGUGAAGAGCCAAUUUAUUAUCACCGGCUCGAUUAGUGGAUUCAGUCGGCGUCCUGGGAUGGGAUUUGCAUAUUCUGCAUCAAAAGCUGGAGCAAUUUUGAUGAUGAAGCAGAUCUCAACGAUGAUGGUGCCCUACGAAAUUCGAUGUAAUGUUUUCAAUCCUGGAAUAUACCCCUCUGAUAUGAGCAAUGCGUUCUUAGCAGGGAAAGACUGCUCGACGUUCGGUUCGAUAUCAUCGUCUAUUGUUCCUUUGACGCGUAUAGGUACCAUUGAGGAUGUUGCUGGCUCUAUUCUUUUCCUUUGUAGCAGGGCUGGAGCAUAUAUCAAUGGAAUGUGUCUAAACAGCGAUGGUGGAAGACUCGGCGUUGUUCCUGCAACGUAUUAACUUCUGAUAUCGAGUAAAAUUUCUAAAGACGUCUAUUCGCC